AUGUUCUCUUUCCUGACCAGAACGGUCGCCCGCCUCGCCACGCCCCUCAUGUACCAGAUCGUCGCCCCCAUCCUCCGCCCGACCAUCUCGCACGCCGUCGGCUACUUCCAGCCCAUCGAAGCCGACUUUGACUACGACCAUGGCGAUAACCCCCUGGCUGUCGGCCUCACCAAGGUGAUUGACAAUGUCGACAUUGUCCGGAAGCAGAUCAUAGCCGUCUGCAAGGCGCCCAUUGUCGUUACUGCUCGCGUCGUCGACAAGGCCGUCGAGGUGGUGACGAAGUUAAGGAGCGCUCGCGAAGAGCCUGUCGCUACUGCGAGUCAGGUCGUCAAGGAUGUCGCUGGGGUUGUUAAAUCCUUUGUGCCGUUUUUCUUGUUGAGCGGGACCAGAAGGACCAACGACUCCAAAACCCGCCGGUGGAUUAAGUCCAAGCAGCCCAAGUCAAGAAGAGCACGGUACUCGAUCGACCAAACCCGCACGUCUUCCUUCAUCAGGGGCCCUUCCUCUGCGUACCCAUCCCCUCCUCCCUCAUGCAGCGACGGCGACGAUUCGCCUGCUCGCAGGGACAAGACCUCUCCUGGCUUCGACGCCACAAGCCAGGAAGCGGACACCACAAUGGCUGUGAACUUCCAUCCCAGGGCUUACUCUCCCGACGUCAACACCUCUCCGCCUUCGGAGAGCACCGUCUCUUCUCUGGACCUCGGCGAGUCAAUCGACUCUCUUACCAGCCUAACCUCCGUCACUUCCGUGGAAACCCAUCUCCCCUCCGAGAUUUCGUUUCCGUCCUCUCGCUGCUCCUCAGAUCUCUCCGAAAUUCGCCUUCCGCUCUAUUCUCCCUCCCACGAAGGUGGCGGCUCCAACAAGGCCACUAGCGACGCUGAGAAAUUCUCCGACGACGAAGAGGAUGCCGUCAAUAGAGCCAGAGCCUUCAUCGCUUUUCGAUCCGAUCAUGAAGAGACGGACCGCCUUGACAGCUCACUGGAGCAAGCGCUUUUUGAAUCCGACACCCAGGGUUCGAAAGUCGACGGAGAAGCUCAGAUGGGAAGCGAGAGGCGCGAGGUCGAGGACGGGAUGAAGGAGCCUUCCGAGAUUGAGGAACAGGAAGAGUUGGCUAAUGAAGCCGAUGCUAAGGAGAAGACGGCCAUUGAACUCCAAAAACCGGAAAACCCGGUUUAUAGCCCGGCUGAACCCAACCCGAGCCAAUUCCAAGCCACCAAAAACCCUGGUCUGGAGUCAGCCAACACACAAAGCCCCGUCGCCGCCAAUACAUCCAUGCCUCCCGAGCAGCCCCAAGAACUGGCGAAAGGCUCCAUCGACGACGACACCGAGACCGUCUACCCAGAUGAUGACGACCUCGAGCCCUACGUCUUCAACUGGGAAGACCACGCCUUCAUCGACGCCACGGGCCAUCUCGACACCUACCAGCGUGUCCACGACGCCAACUUCGAUCCCAGCCGACAAUACCUCCAGCACUGCCACUGGAUGGGUCUCUUCGAAGCCUACAAGCCAAAGCAGACCAUCACACACUACUUGGGCCCUAUCGAUGCCUCUAGCCAGCAACAGCCGUCCCUUCCCGUGCCGGAGCUGACCGUCACGACCCCCGAGGGCGACACGUUCUGGCUUGAUGACCCGCUGCCGUGGAACAGGCUAUGCAUGAACCGGCGGUGGCUCAGUCUGAACUUUAUCGAUGACUAUGGCUGUCUGGACACGUGGAAGAGGGUGAUAGAUGAGGAACAGAGGGAGCGGGUGGUGAGGGGCCAGCGGAGGUUGCAGAGGGAUAAUUGGGUGUUGUCGAAGUUUGCGCCGCUGGAGAAGAAGCUGGAGGGCGUGCCGGAGAUAAUGGUCACGGUGUCGGAGGGAGGGACGUUUUAUUUGGAUGAGCCGAGGAGUUGGGCGGAUUUGGAUGAUGAUGAUGAUGAUUGGUAG